UUCUCAAAACGAACCAGCAAUCUUCCAUUAGAGUAAGCAUAAUUUCCACAGCAAAUCUUCAAUUUCCUAUUCGACAAAAUGCUGCCAACCAAUGAUCAAACCCAAAACACAAAUAAUCCUGAAAUACCCAUAUUCCUUCCAGUCGUGGCUCACUUCUACCUCACAUUCAACAUCUUCUCCACAAUCUACCAGGCCUACGCUCAUGGUGACUUUCCCAUGGUAGCUUUCAUUGUUUUUGUUUACCUCGCGUAUUUCUUUCUCAUGUAUUGCAUGACGCUGUUGCAAGCUUUACCUCCCCAGGAUCGUUCGCCAAGGAAAGAUUUCUUGAAAUCUGUCAUCUGGGUUUUAACCAGUGUCAUCUUUUUUGGAUUUGCUUAUCAAUUCUCCACCUUUAUUCACCCUGUUGCAGCCGCUUUUGUCUUUGCUCUUGCAAUUUUGGCCAGUGCUUUCAUCUUCUUCUUAUAUUUUGUCUAUGAUGGUCAACAGCAACAACAACAACAACAACAAAAACAAAGUGGUAGCUCUACCUACAGACUUAGAAUCCAUGUACUUGGAUUCUCUCCAUCCACUAGUAAAGUAUGUGACAGUAAAAUUAGGCAAGUUGUGCCAGGUCCAGAAAAUGUCUAAAUGGAGAUGUGGGGCAUCAAUCCCCGUACCGCUCGCAUGCUAAGCGAGCGCUCUACCAUCUGAGAUACACCCCCACACUCGGGGGUGAAGCCUUUGUUGGCAUCAAUAACUAGUGUCAAGUUUAUAUAUUUAUAUCCUAAAGUAUUUUUAUGAAGCAAUGAAAUCAACUUCAAUGCCUUUCAAAAACACAAAAAAAAAAAAAAAAAAUCGUAAAGUAUUCAUAGCUUGUUCUUUGUUAUAUGAGAAAAAUCUUAAAAAAAAGUUGUAAAACCUGAUUAUUAUUGCAAUUUC